AAAAGCCAGGGACAUUCCGAGGGCUAUUUGGCAGGGUUACUCCCGAGCGAGGGCGAGGAGGAUGGGGGAGGGGGCGCGGUGGGAGGCGGAGUAGCAGAAGACAAAAGCCGAAGGCGCGGAGGGCCCAGCCGCACACUCGGGCAAUCGGAGCCGAGAGGCUGCAGUACACGGGGGAUCCCGGUCGGCAGGCAGCAUGGGAAAGGGGGGGAACCAGGGCGAAGGGGCCACCGAGCGCGAGGCGCCGAUUCCCACCUUCCGCUGGGAGGAGAUUCAGAAGCACAACGUGCGCACCGACCAGUGGCUCGUCGUCGACCGCAAGGUCUACAACGUCACCAAAUGGGCUAGCCGGCACCCGGGGGGCCACCGGGUCAUCGGGCACUACGCAGGGGAAGAUGCUACGGAUGCCUUCCACGCUUUCCACAUCGAUCUUGAUUUCGUGGGCAAGUUCUUGAAGCCGCUGCUGGUCGGCGAGCUGGCCCCAGAGGAGCCCAGCCAGGACCGAGGCAAGAAUUCCCAGAUCAUUGAAGACUUCCGGGCCCUGAAGAAGACCGCUCAGGACAUGAACCUGUUCAAGAGUAACCACCUGUUCUUCCUCCUCCUCCUGGCCCAUAUCCUGGUCAUGGAGGCCAUCGCGUGGCUUAUCGUCUUUUACUUUGGCAAUGGCUGGAUUACAACCAUCAUCGCGUCCUUUAUCCUUGCUACCUCUCAGGUCCAAACUGGAUGGCUGCAACACGAUUUGGGCCACCUCUCUGUCUACAAGAAGUCUAAGUGGAACCACCUCGCUCACAAGUUCGUCAUUGGCCACUUGAAGGGCGCUUCCUCAAACUGGUGGAACCAUCGCCAUUUUCAGCAUCACGCCAAGCCCAACAUCUUCCAUAAGGACCCAGAUGUGAAUAUGCUGCACGUGUUAGUCCUGGGCGAAUGGCAGCCCAUUGAGUACGGCAAGAAGAAGCUGAAAUACCUGCCCUACAACCACCAGCACCAGUACUUCUUCCUGAUUGGGCCCCCGCUGCUCAUCCCCAUAUACUUCCAGUACCAGAUCAUCAUGACCAUGAUUGUUCAUAAAAACUGGGUGGAUUUGGCCUGGUCCAUAAGCUACUAUGUCCGUUUCUUUAUCAGCUACGUCCCUUUCUAUGGCUUCCUGGGAUCCAUCCUAUUCUUCAACUUUAUCAGGUUCCUGGAGAGCCACUGGUUUGUGUGGGUCACACAGAUGAAUCACAUCGUCAUGGAGAUUAACGAAGAGCCCUACCGCCCUUUGUUCUUACUUCCGGGCCCUCAUCCCCCUUCUCCUGAACAGCUGGCAGCCACGUGCAACGUGGAGCAGUCCCUGUUCAAUGACUGGUUCAGCGGGCACCUCAACUUCCAGAUCGAGCACCACCUCUUCCCCACCAUGCCCCGGCACAACUUACACAAGAUCGCCCCACUGGUGAAGUCCCUGUGUGCCAAGCAUGGCAUCCAGUACCAGGAGAAGCGUCUGCUGAGAGCCUUGCUGGACGUCAUCAGAUCCCUGAAGAAGUCUGGGGACCUGUGGCUGGACGCCUAUCUCCACAAAUGAAGCUGCAGCCCUUGGGUACCCACGGGGAAGGGGGAGCCAGUGGGGACGGUGGCCAGAGGGAAGAGUGGGUUUUGGUUCCGAGGGGUGUCCAUGAAGCUGGAGUACAUGUUGGCUCACAGACCUCAUUUUUAGUCUUUCUCCUGUUUUCCUGUUUUCCCUUCGCUUUACCCUCCAACACCUUCCCCCGUGGGGCCUGCCCUCUGUCAGCCCCUUCCCCCGGGACCAGAGAGAGGGGUGGCUCCUACCUGCCUCUGUCCCUAAACACCUGUCGGACCAGAGGUCCACAGGUGCGCCUAGCCCCGCCUUGCCACCCGCCACUCUUCCCCCUUUCCCCGCUCAGAUGCUGGGUCCUAGCCCUGGCCCCACAGGCCUGGCUCCGCCCUCUCUGAUGGCGCCCACGGUCUGCCCUUCUGUAAGGAGUGUCUUCUGCUCUGGGUCCCCUCCUCACCCCUGGAAUCAGUACUUGGGGCCUCCCCGCAGGUGCCACUUUUUCUAAAAUUGUCCAGGCCCCAGCCCUGAUUCCCAGGCUCCCUUUUCCCUGUCGUGCAGCUAGCUCAGACCUGGGGGCCCAGGGAAACGACCUCCUCGCCCCAUUGGAGCCCUCUGACCCAGGGCUCAUGCAGCUCCUUCCCGCCUCCUUCCACCCUGUCCCUGCCUCCAGGGCCUGUGACCUUCAGUCCCAGGGGGUAGUGCUGCCGGUGGGUGCCGCAGAAGCAAUGGCCGGGUUGGGGGUCCAAAGCAAUGGCCACCGGGUUGGGGGUCCAGCUGGCCUGUAGGUUCAGCCGUGCCCCCCACUUCCAUUCAGAUGUCUAUCCUAGUCGGGAGGCCUAACAUUCGAGAGCAAUCAGACCCCUCUCCAAAGAGCUCUGUCACCCGCCGGGCAGCUAUGUUGAGGCUGCCAGUGUGUGCAGGCUGGCUCACUUCUGUUCUCGUGUCUUUUACUGGUUUUUUUUUUUUUAAUCUUUUGCUACAGGAUACAUUCUGGUGGGGUGGUAGCGAGGCUGGGCCUUGUGACAAUCUGCCUUUGACCACCUGCCACUCAUGGCCUUCCCCAUGCCCCGCGGGGGGCUGAGCCAGGCUCACUCACUGAGGCCAUGGUGGCCCCGGUCACUGUCGGUGGGGGCAGAGAGAGAGGGAGUCCCAAAGGAGAUAACCCUGAAUAUCUGGGGGAUUGUGGGGGACCUAACGAGGGCUGAGUGGGAAGUUUGGCUAGGAGUUUGGGGCUGGAGGCCAGCAGCUGAGGGGACAGAAAGGAGUGGGAGGGAGGGGAGCCCGCCGGCCAGGGAAGGAUCCAGUGCUUACAGAAUUUGGAGCCCUAACCCACUAAUCAAUAUUUAGCUUCAAGGGAAGGUGGGGCAGGAAUGAGCUCAGAGUGGGGACCUUCGGGUGAAGGCUUCUCGUCCCCCAGCUCUGGCCAGCCUGGAGGGAUCAGCAUCAACUAUGAACAGACCUUUGUGUUGCCAUGUCAAUGUGGGCCUCCCUGAGGCCCUGCUGCUGAGAACACACAGGCCCAAGGAGAUGUUGCUGUCCCUCCCGAUCCAUAGGGAACUGAUCUUAAUUUUUAUUGUGUUGCUUCCCCAGCCCUACAUUUUUUGGGGAAUAAAAGAAGUAAUUUUA